UAUACCGCCACAUCGCCGUGAUCGGACGCGCACGACCUCCAAUGUGUUGAAGCAGACGCAUUUAAGCCUUAUUCCUCAAUCCCUGCCUUCGAGUUUCACCUGGCGGGCGCAUCCCCAACCAACACAGAGGUCUGCGGUACUGCCUCCCGGCAGGUCUUGGGCUUUCUUCGACUCCUUUUACAGGCCUAGAGAGUUCCCCACGAGCGACCACGUAUAUCUUGCCUCGACAGUCCCGCGGACAGUUACCCAUGAUGUGCUUUGGAAGCAGAGACAAGGACGAUGGGGCUGCGCGCUCACGAGAGCUUGACAAAGUGAUUCGGCAAGAUGAGAAGCGGAUGGCAAAGGAGGUCAAGCUGUUGCUGCUAGGCGCCGGCGAAUCGGGCAAGUCGACUGUAUUGAAACAAAUGAAGCUUAUCUAUGCACAAGGAUUUAGCAAGUCCGAAAAGCUGGAGUGGAAACCGGUCGUCUUCAAUAACGUCGUACAAUCGUUUCGACUUAUCUUCGAUGCCAUGAGGGAACUCGGCGUGGGCUUCGAGAAUCCCGAGAAUGAUAAACACAUGGCCUACCUCAUGGUCGAUUACGAGAUCAGUGCGCGAGACCCGCUGCCGAAAGACUACCUCGAACCCAUCAAGUCACUCUGGGCAGAUGGUGGAGUUAAAAUGGCCAUUGCCAAGGGCAAUGAGUUUGCGCUCCAUGACAACCUGGCAUAUUUUUGCGACGACAUUGACAGACUAUGGGAGGACGACUAUGUACCCUCCGACCAGGACCUGCUUCGCUGCCGGUUGCGUACGACGGGCAUCACGGAAAGUGUCUUCGAACUUGGCCAACUGACAUACCGGAUGUUUGACGUUGGCGGCCAGAGGUCAGAACGGAAAAAGUGGAUCCACUGCUUCGAGAACGUCAACUGCCUCCUAUUCUUGGUGGCCAUCAGCGGUUACGACCAAUGUCUCGUCGAAGAUAGAGACGGCAAUCAAAUGAACGAGGCCCUGAUGUUGUGGGAGUCGAUUGCCAACUCUCACUGGUUCACCAAGUCGGCCCUCAUCCUCUUCCUCAACAAGAUGGACUUAUUCAAGGGAAAGCUUGCUCACAGCCCGAUCCAGGCGCAAGGAUUCACUGACUACCAUGGGCCGCCUGACGACUGGAAAGCAGCCAGCAAAUACUUCCUGGAUAAAUUCAAGGCGCUGAACCGAAACACGGACAAGGAGAUUUAUGGUCACUUUACGAACGCGACUGACACGAACCUGCUAAAGAUCACCAUGGAUUCAGUCCAGGACAUGAUCAUCCAACGAAAUCUGAAACAGCUCAUACUAUGAGGUGACUCGCAGAGACCCAGCGGCAGACAGCCGUCCAUGUUCCCCUAAUGCCGACCAGCCCCAACCGUGGCUGAUGGGGAAGCUCCGUUCACGGGAAGCGAACUGGAUGGAGCAUCGAGACAUCGAAUACAAAUCACAACUUUGACUAUGAUGUUACAAAAUAUCCGACAUCCACGGCGGCGCUCGACUGCUCCCAACGCCCCUUUCCUUUCUGUGUGUAAUGUAUCGACCAACCGUAUCGGAUUUCUUUUGAGUCGGGUCACGCAUCUAUUUUGUUAGGGCCGGGGGGCCCCUUCAUGCAGCGGUUCCACUGUAUUCAAGCUUUGAUUUCGAGGAGGCAAACUGAGACGCCCUUUUUUCAGUUUCAGCGCAUGAUACCUCUAU